CGCCAGUCACAGGGCGUCAUCUCGGCAAAGAUGGCGGGCAGCAGCCACCAGCUGGAGUCAGUCUUUAUCUGCACGUUGUUCCUCGCCUCGUUACUCCAUCCGCCGGUGAGAUGUCACGCGCACGGGGCUCACGGGAGGACGGCCGUAGAUGAAAAAGGCAACAGGUUCCACGAUUCUAACAUCGUCCAGGAUCAAGAACAUAUCAAGGAACACUUACAAGAACUGUACGAUCUGGACAAGAAAAACAUCAGCGAAAUGUCUGCAGAAGAGUUAGAAUUCUACUACUUCAAACUGCACGACUUUAACAACGACUCCCGUCUGGACGGGUUGGAGAUCCUGACGGCCCUGUCCCACAUGAUGCCGUACGAGGACAUGCACGAGGUGAAGGCGGAGAUCCAGCAGCGGCUGAAGGAGGGCAAGGCCCCGCCCAGCCCGCAGGAGAUGCAGGCAGAGGCCCUGGUGUACUACACGGAACUGAUUGACCAAGUGCUGCAAGACGACGACUUUAACAAUGACGGGUACCUGACGUACUUGGAGUAUGUGCUGGCGCGGAGGCGGGACGAGGAAAAGUACGCCAGGCAAAAGUCAGAACAUUAGGGGGCGCAUGGGGACAACACUGCAAAUCAACCAAGACAAUAUGAAACAGGUUUAAACUGCAAUUUUCAACACAAGA